AUGGUCCUCAAAACUAUCUUUCUUGUGCUCGCUUCUAUAUCCUGUGUGUUCGCGGCCCAAGCCACAACGACGCGCUAUUACGAUGGCACGGAAGGUGCUUGCGGAUGCGGCAAUAGCAGCGGGCCCUUCGCUUGGCAAAAUGGGAUUUCCACUGGAGUUUAUACCGCCGCCGCAUCGCAAGGGAUUUUUGACGCUGGGGGGGCAACUUGGUGUGGAAAGGGAUGCGGAUUAUGCUUCAAGCUCACAAGCACAGGAAAGUCUCCUUGCAGCACCUGCGGCACGGGAGGGGGCGCAGGUCAAAGCAUCAUUGUGAUGAUCACCAAUUUGUGUCCUUACAAUGGUAAUCAACAAUGGUGCCCCAACCCUGGCGGCGUGAACGCAUAUGGAUACUCUGCUCACUUUGACAUUAUGUCUAAGAACGGUUUUGGUUGGGAUAACCCCGUGGUCGAUUAUGUCCAAGUGACUUGUCCCACGUUGGCUGCCAGUGACUACAAACAAUGCGUGUGCGCAAGCGCUUAG